AUGGCAAGUCCAGGGAGUGUUGUAGAGAUUGACAAGCAUACAGUUCCAUUCAAAAUAAAUGGGAAGUCAUUUCAGAAGGAGUGCUUCAGAAGGGCUUUUGUUUGUUUCAAGGCUUGCUGGCAGGGGUUUCUAGAUGGUUGCAGGCCCUAUUUGGCUGUAGAUGCUACACAUUUGACUGGAAGAUGGAUAGGACAGUUAGUAGCAGCUUCUGCAGUUGAUGGACACAACUGGCUAUUCCCAGUUGCAUUUGGUGUGGUGGAGGCAGAGUCUGAGGAAAGUUGGGUCUGGUUUCUGCAGCAGUUGCGCAACAUUAUAGGCACACCCCCAGGUUUAGCUAUACACACAGAUGCUUGCAAGGGUUUAGAGAGUGCAGUGGAAAUUGUAUUCCCUAGAGUGGAGCAUAGGGAAUGUAUGCGACACCUAGCGCAUAAUUUCAAAAAGAAGUUCAAAGGUAAAGUUUAUGAUGAGAACUUAUGGCCAGCAUCAUACACAUGCAGCAAAAGGAAGCAUGAACACCAUUUGAGAGUGUUGUAUGCUCAAAAUCCUCUUGUGAAGGAGUACAUGGAUGCACAUCAUGGUAAGGUGUGGUCAAGAAGCCAAUUCAACGAAAUCUGCAAAGUAGAUUAUGUGACCAGUAACCUUGCAGAAUGCUUCAAUUCAAAGUUCAAGUCAGUGAAAGGGCUCUUGUUGUGGCAAGCAUUUGACAAGAUGAGGCAAAUGAUCAUGAUAAAGAUGGCUCUUCGCAAAAGAAUUGCAGAAACACAAUAUGUUGGUCAUCAAAUGCUCCCAUCACUGAUUAAGGCAUUGCACUUGAAGGCAAGAGGACUGAAGAUGAAAUGUAUUCGAUCUGGUACAUAUGAGGGAGAGGUUACAUAUACUGACACUAAAAAAGGGUAUGGAGGUAUCCUGUGA